AUGGACAUACUUCUCUCGCUCCCCAUUCUGUCAUACUUUUUUGCACCGUCCAUGACUUCAUGGUCGACGUCGCUGAACCUACUGUUUUUCUACAUGACAUGGACGACACUCGUCUUGUCCCACAGCCCACUGCGCAUCGAAUUGGUGGGAAUGUUGGCCAUCCGCGUAGUAUUAUUCCUCGUGCCAUCACUCAUAUCUCUACUGUUCGACACCCUAAUCCCCAGCCUGGCCGAAAGCAUCAAGUUCGAGGGAGCCUCUUCCCUACCCCCACGAGACGCGUCCCAACUAUCCCGCACUCUCGGCCUGGUCCUGGUGAACCUCGCGCUCGAGACCUCUGUACAGGCGGGCGUCAGCACUUCCUACGCGCUCCUCACCAAGAGCCCACUGCUGCAGACCUCGACGACGCUGCCGCUCCCCUGGGCCAUCAUCAAGCACGUGGGUGCCAUGCUGGCGGCCCGCGAGGUCCUCACCUACCUCAUCCACCGCCACGUUCUUCACAACCGGAAAGAAGGCGGGCGGGUUGCGCGGUGGCACGGCUCGUACGGCGCGCACGCGCGCGGCAGCGGCGCUGCCCCUUACUCGCUGCUGCUGUGCGCCGACCACCCGGUCCCUUUCCUGCUGCACCGCUUCGUCCCGCUCUACCUGCCGGCGCUGGUGCUGCACCCGCACCUGCUCACCUUUUUGCUCGUGGCCGCUCUCGCCACGGCCGAGGAGACGCUUGCCAUGUCCGGGUACAGCGUCGUGCCGGGGAUCCUGAUGGGUGGGAUCGCGCGCCGCACGGCUGUGCACUGCUGCUGCAGCUCCAGCAACGGUUCUGGUGCUGCGGCGAGGCAGCAGGGGAAUUUUGGCGCGUGGGGUCUGCUGGACUGGAUGUGUGGCACCAGCAUUGGGAAGGACGUCGUGGCGGAUGUUAGGGACGAGGCGGAGAAGCAUCGCGUCAAGGAGAGAGGGGAGAAGGCGGCGAGCGAUGGGGUUGGCAUGGUUCAGAGUGGCAUUGAUGGGUUGAGGAGGUCGCAGCGGAACAGGAAGUCGAGAAGGGUAGAUUAG